GAGAUGCUUGCCAAUUUAGGUGUCCCUUGGGUCAUCCUAGGUCACUCUGAAAGGAGAGCCCUAUUGAAUGAAACUAAUGAGUUUGUUGGAGACAAGGUUGCAUACGCACUAUCUCAAGGUUUGAAGGUUAUUGCUUGUGUUGGGGAGACUCUUGAGCAACGAGAAGCUGGAACCACCAUGGAAGUUGUUGCUGCACAAACCAAAGCAAUUGCUGGUAAUUAUUUUAAAACUAAACUUGCUUCUACUGUAUGUCAAAAAUCAAAAAUCUUGUUUUAUCUUUGAUAUAAUAAGUAACUU